GGGCGACUCAGACUCCAGAACACAGCUGGGAGUUCCACAGCCAUGUCUUGGCUCCAGAUCCGCUGAAGAGCCGCAGACGCUCGCCGCCUGCAGUCUCUGGGAAGAGAGCUCCGGUGCGGAGGAGGCCUCAAGCGUGGGAUAUGUGAGACAAGCGCAGCAUUGAGGACUUCCACAGAUUGUAGGCCAGUGUGAGUAGACAGCCAAACAGAAGACCUGAUCGAACUCCAAGCACAUCUACACACACGCAGAGAGAUCACGCUACACAAAGCUCCAGGAUUCAACGUGAGGAACUACAUUCGUCUGGUCUGUGCAGAGGUGGACUGAGAGGGAGAAAAAAAGGUGCAGGUCAGGAGGAAAGAAGCGCAGCAGCCAUGAGAGUAAAAACCUGGAACCUGGGAAUGGUGCUCUUCUGUCUCGCUGCCCUGGGCAGCUGUCGCUCAGGCAACGAGAGACUGUCCAGACACCGCCGGGCACCAGUUGAUGACGCUAAAAGGUGCUCGUACACAUUCUUGGUGCCGCAGCAGAAGAUCACGGGACCCAUCUGCGCUUCAGCCACAGGCCCUGAGCCAGAAAAGGAUCGAGUGACACGGAUGGACAUCUCGGACCUGAAGGAAGUGCUUUCCAAGCAGCGUCGUGAGAUUGAGACUCUGCAGCUCCUGACUGAUGUGGACAGCAACUUGGUUAACGAGAUGAAGCUCCUGCGCAAGGAGUCGCGCAACAUGAACUCGCGUGUCACGCAGCUCUACAUGCAGCUACUUCACGAAAUAAUACGCAAGCGUGACAACUCGCUGGAGUUGGUGCAGCUGGAGAACCGGGUGCUUAACGUAACAUCCGAGAUGCUGCGCCUGGCCUCGCGCUACAAGGAACUGGAACUGCGCUUCGGUACUCUGGCUGCCACGGUCAACAACCAGUCGGUGCUUAUCUCCCUGCUGGAAGAGCACUGCAUGCGCGGGUACGGACGCCACGAGCUACCUGCAGUGCCACCGCUGGUGCAGGUGGUGCCUGAGACUAUCCCAGUCAACAACAACCGCUUCACAAACGAGAUCCAUAGAGAGCACAACAACCGAGCUCUCCCACGUGGCUCACGUAUGGAUGUCCCUCCAACCGCUGACCCUCGGGGCAUCCCGCCAGCACCACAGGGGACCCUGAACUCUGAGGGCCCAUUCCGCGACUGUUACCAGGUUUGGCAGGCGGGACACAGCACCAGCGGGAUGUACCUGUUAAAGACCGAGGGUGGUGAGAGGCUGAUACAGGCUUGGUGUGAGCAGGGAUUGGAUAACGGCGGCUGGACCGUCUUUCAGAGGAGAAAAGACGGCUCGGUCAACUUCUUCAGAAACUGGGAGAACUACAAGAAAGGCUUUGGGAAUAUAGACGGUGAGUACUGGCUGGGGCUGGAGAACAUCUACAACCUGGCCAAGCAGGGGGACUACAGGUUGAUGGUGGAACUGGAAGAUUGGUCAGGGAAGAAGGUCUACGCCGAGUACAGCAGCUUCCGGCUGGAGCCUGAGAUUGAGGGCUACCGUCUGCGCCUGGGCACCUACCAGGGGAACGCAGGAGACUCGCUGUCCAGCCACAAUGGCAAGCCCUUCACUACGCUGGACCGUGACAAGGACACUUUCACAGCAGGAAACUGUGCUCACUUCCACAAAGGUGGCUGGUGGUACAACGCGUGUGGGCAGACUAAUCUGAACGGUGUGUGGUACCCCGGAGGCGUGUACCGUAGCAAGUUCCAGGACGGGAUCUUCUGGGCUGAUUACGGAGGAGGCUUCUACUCGCUCAAGUCCGUCCGCAUGAUGAUUCGGCUGAUCGACUGAGACGACGAGAUGCUUCCCCCGAUCUCUUCCAAUAUAACAUGUUUAUUCAGUUAAAAAAAAAAAAAAAACUAUAAUCAUCCUUUACCUUACCAAGAACAGCACAUCUUUUAGAACUUUUAGUGUGUUACCAAAAUAAUCGAACAAUUCCAAGGCACUGGAAUGAAGAAGUGUUAAGAAAGAAAAAGAGAGAGACAUUUUAGUCUGAGAGACACAGAGGGGUUUGGAAACGGUCUCUCUGGUUCUGCUCAUUCUUACAGACUUUUCAUCCCUUUGAGAAAAAUCCAUACUGUACACAUUUCCUUUUGCAGUCAUGAUAAUUAUCGUUCUCACAAUAUACACAACACGAACUGGAAACAGUCUGGGCUGAGCACUCAGGCGCCUUUGAUAUGUACUGGUCUGUAAAUAUCCAUCCUUUAGGUUUGUACCUUUGCCUUGUUUUUUUUGUUGUUUUUUUUUAAUAUCAAGAGUUCAUUCAAGAACUCAGAUAGAGAUCCGCCCUUAUCCACAUCUGUUAUUUAUCAAUAGUUAUUUAUAAUAGUUACGGUGUGUUAUUUAUGCCUGGUUAUGGUGUAUGUUGUGCUUUUUUGCCAUCCACACAUUCAUCUGCAUGUGUGGUGUUUAGGCCAUGAUACAAUUUGUAUGUACAGAAAAACAGCACAAGUAAAUAAACUUGUACAGCCCUGAAACUAA